AUGGCCAGCCAGUUAUGCCUCCCUGUCGCCCCGAGCCUCUCGUCCUUGAAAACCGUGAAGCCCCACUUCCGAGACAUCCAAGUGGGCAUCUGCGUGGCGAUCCAGCGCAGCGACGGGCGGAUCCACCUUGCUCUGAUCACAGAGUUCAAAAGAGAAAACUCUUGCGUCACGGUGGAGUGGGUCGAAAAAGGAGUGAAAAAGGGCAAAAAAAUUGAUCUAGAGACUAUAUUCCUUCUGAAUCCAGCACUAGCCUCUGCUGAACACCCCAAACCAUCCAGAUCAUUGGCUUCCUUGUCUGUAGCGCCCUCUUCGACCAUCCGAGAUCGAUGUAUGGCUACGAGUUGGAUUGCUACGAUCCCACAGAAAAACGAAACACCUUCAGAGGAGAGCCGCCUGACGGUGAAAGUCCCCAGCAGACCUUGCCUGAUGAAGCAGAAAAAGUCUCCCUGCCUCCGAGAAAUUGAGAAACUGCAAAAGCAGCGGGAGAAGCGCAGACGGCUGCAGCUGGAGAUCCGAGCCCAACGCGCCCUCAACGUCCACACGGGAAACCCCAACUACGAGAUCAUGCGCAUGAUUGACGAGUACCGCAGGCAGCUGGACAGCAGCAAGAUGUCCAGCCUAGAGCCGCGGGAAGACCGUCGGAUCUAUGUCUGUGUGAGGAAGCGGCCUCUCAACCAGCAGGAGACCACCAUGAAGGACCUGGAUAUCAUCACCAUCCCUUCGCACAAUGUGGUCAUGGUGCAUGAGUCUAAGCAGAAGGUGGACCUCACUCGCUACCUGGAAAAUCAGACAUUCUGCUUCGACCAUGCCUUCGAUGACACGGCCUCCAACGAGUUAGUGUACCAGUUCACCGCCCAGCCGCUGGUGGAGUCCAUCUUCCGCAAGGGCAUGGCCACCUGUUUUGCCUAUGGGCAGACAGGCAGUGGGAAAACACACACCAUGGGUGGAGCCUUUUCAGGAAGGGACCAAGAUUGUUCGAAAGGCAUUUACUCACUGGUGGCGCAGGAUGUCUUCCUUCUGCUCAAAACUUCGGUUUAUAAGAAGUUGGACCUCAAAGUCUAUGGGACGUUUUUUGAGAUUUAUGGGGGCAAAGUAUAUGAUUUGUUGAACUGGAAGAAGAAGCUGCAGGUCCUUGAGGAUGGCAAUCAGCAAAUCCAGGUAGUCGGGUUGCAGGAGCAGGAGGUGUGUUGUGUGGAGGACGUGCUGAACCUCGUGGAACUGGGGAACAGCUGCCGGACUUCUGGACAGACAUCGGUCAAUGCCCACUCCUCCAGGAGCCACGCCGUGUUCCAGAUCAUCCUAAAGUCGCGAGGGAAACUGCAUGGCAAGUUUUCUCUUGUUGACUUAGCUGGGAAUGAAAGGGGAGCAGAUACUGCCAAGGUCAACCGGCAAAGACAGCUGGAGGGGGCGGAGAUUAAUAAGAGUCUCCUCGCGCUCAAGGAAUGCAUCCGAGCUUUGGGUCAGAACAAGUCUCACACCCCGUUUAGAGCCAGCAAACUCACACAGGUGCUCCGGGACUCCUUUAUCGGCCAGAACUCCUUCACUUGCAUGAUUGCUACUAUUUCUCCAGGGAUGGCUUCUUGUGAAAACACCCUCAACACCUUAAGGUAUGCAAAUAGAGUAAAAGAAUUAACUCUAAAUUUAAGGUCCCACCAUCGUUGUCUCUAUCAGGUUGGACAAGAAGUGCCAAGGAUGUUGGAAAAUCACAUUGGGAAUUCAGAAAUGCCCCUUCGGAAAGAGGAAUUUAUUAAAAUACCUUGUAUACAGAGUGAGGAAGAGGAAGAGACUAACGAAAUUGGAACGUUAUCCACCCCAUCAAUGGAAAAUACAACGAGCUCAUGGAAAGAAUCAGGCCAGGGGCUGGAGGACAACAUCCAGGAGAGAACUGAUGGGGUAAACUAUGAUGUUUAUUUUUGCAUUACCCAGCUAUUGUCCAUUUUGGAGCAGAAAAUAGGUAUUCUGACUGAAAUUCAAAAGAAACUGAAAUUAUUGCAAGCCAACCUCCAAAAGAAGAGAAAGGUAGAAUGA